UGUCAUUAGCAACCACAGUAGCGUUAGGACCGGAAGGAGUUUGUUAGCUGUUAUGUUAGCUAGCAAGUAGUUACAAACAUCGUCUAACUCUAAGUAACUUUAACUUUAACUAAUAUCUGCCCCUGGCGGUGUUUAUUACAUAAACGAUGGACUCAGACGCGUUGUACUAUUCCUUGGAACUCGUUGCCGGUAGCGGGUAUACUUUAAAUAUGGAGCACAGAACCGCCCUGCAGACCUCCUUGAUGAUUCUGAAGAAAAACUACAAAUUCCAUCGAGUCUUGUUUUGGGGCAAAAUAUUGGGAUUAAAGAAGGAUUAUUUUAUUGCGCAGGGGAGAGGAGAGGAUGAGAUGAAGGAUAAAAAGAAUCUGUACAGCUUCAACUGUAUGGACUGGUUCCUGCUCCCUCCUGCCACAGACUCUAUGAUCGAUGAAGUGUCUAGAGCUGCCAAGGGUCGCUUCACAGGAGACCCCUCAUUCGUGUGUGAGCAUCUUGAGAUCCGCAGGCAAGGAGUAGGAGAGGAGGCUGAAGAGGAGGAGGUAGUGACCAAAGUCAAUGAGGAGAGCAGGCUGGCAGUGACAGUUCACCAGAUUGAUGAGGAAGUGUCUGUGGUACCACGUGGCGCCUUCAUCAAGAGUCCACAUGGCCUUGUCCAGAUCAAUCGCAGCUUUGGUGGUCUGUCUCACUCAGAAGCAGGGAAGCUUGACAGUUUCCGUCACUUCAGCGAACCCAAGAAUCUGAAGAAGAAAUCCAUCCUGGAGAUGGGUGAAUUGAACCCAGCUCUUGACUUCCUGGAUGUACUGAGUGAUGACAUUCCUAAAGGUUCAUGGAGUCUCCAGUUUGAAUGUGCCAGCAAAGUGUGUGUGCUUCGCAGCCUUUUGUGGCUCGGCCUGACCUUCUACCAUGUACCAGUGACUCCACAGCACGGAUACAUCUACAUCGGUGACGGGAUCAAGAAUUUGGACCUUCCCUUCAUGCUAUGAGGAGACAUCGUAAGACUUACUUGAAGCUACAAAUUUCUCAUGUUUCUCUGAUGUUCAUAUCAAAUUGUAUCCUGUGCAUCAGUCGUACAGUUUAUGUCUACAGGCUUUUUUGUUCCAUUUACUUCUCAUGCAUAAAAGCUAUUCCAAUACAGUAAAUAGACGUUGUGAGGCAGAGUAAACAGACACAUUUUAUUUGCACAUCUGUGUUGCCUUGAGUAUACACAGUCAACAUACCACCUACUUUGAAAGUGUCACACUAACCCAGUUGUUGCUCACAUUAAGUUGUCAGUGAGUUCACUUCAAGGGCUUUUUGAAAACCCACACAGAAAAAAUGGAUGGUUCAGGGUGGGUCUGAGCAUGAUUCAUUGAAAGCAUGACGCAACUUGAUAAACAAAAGGUAGAAUAAAUACAGAUGGGCGAAGCUUUUAGGCCUUUUCCCAGGGAGAUGAGACAAAUGUCAGGAUAAACUGCAGAUGCAGAUAAAAGAUGUGGAAAUCCACUGCAUCCCCGCAUUAUGGGCCAGCAUACUCCCCUGCAGUUGCUGUUCUGAUUCGUCAGGCUUGCUAUCCGUCAGUGUUUUAUGUAAAGGGGCUUGACACCGUAACACACAUUGUUCUUGAGUGCUGGGUGGCCAACAGACAUGCGCUUUUUACACCACUUAAGUCCAGUUUUGUAGAUUGGUUUCACCGAGUUAAUGGACCAGCGAGUCAAGUAUCUGUACAAAAAAACAAGACACAUAAAAUAAUUACUAUAAUUAUUAAUAGCUUAGCUGCAUUGGACAUCUAUUCUCAGAAUGGGUAGAACAAAAAUAUGCAGACAUAGAUCAAUGCAUCACCUGUUAAGCUGUGGCUUGGACUUCUUCGGGACAUGGCCCUCUGGAAGUUUGGGUCUGUGGUCAGGGAGUAGACCUUGAUCACAGAGAAGAAAAAUCAGACAAGUUCAACAUCAUGUCUUGGCCCAGUUUGUACAACUUUUUGCCAUCUGGAAGUGUAAAAAUCAAUUCCAUCUUAUGAUUAUUUGUCUCCAUCACUAAACUGUGUUUGAAAUUUGCUUCAUGCCCUCAAUAAUUCCCCAACACACCCGGUGUCAAAAUAGAUAAAGUCAGGAUAUCUUGAAAUCCGAGUGGACAAAGAUUUAAAUGAAACCAUGCAAACAGGGAGUCAGGCAGUGACACAGACCUGCUCUGUGAGCCAUCUGCACACAGAUGGUAAUCUUGCGAUGCUCCUCUGGACAGAGACCAGUGACUCUUCUGGGCAACAUCCCUCCAUCUGACCUGAUGAACUGACUGAGCAACAAGACAUCCUGGGAGGGGGGACAUGAAAAUUAGGCACUUUAAACAGCUAAAACACUUUUAAUAGUUAUUGGUUGCUGCAUGCCUGUAAGCACAUUUACCGUGUAGUUGUACUUGUGCUGUAGGUUCCAUCUGUAGAUAGGACAUUUGGCUGUGGGGUUUGGAGGUUGUGGUCCUGCUGGAACCUUCACAAUUUGUCCCUCAAUCUGACAAAA